AGCAGCAGAUAGGCAGAGCAGGCCUCUUGUCGAGUCUGCUCAAGUUUUUGCGACCACACAAUGAGUGCGUGUGGGACAGAAAGUCAGAAAUGACAACAUGAUCGCUUGAUUUUCCGUAACAUUACCAACAACUGUUUGAAUCCGUGCCCGAAAAAAUGGACCCUUUUCCUGACCAGUUUAUGGAAUUCCACCCCAUCCACGGUACCAACGUGAGGCUGGACCAGUCAGGGACGCAGGCCACCCGGGUGGAGAGCUUCGCCAACGGGGUGUGUUUCAGCAAAUACCCUCUGAAGCCUGGGGAGAUAUUUCUCAUAGAAAUCGAGGAUAAGGAGCUGGGCUGGUGUGGUCACCUGCGCAUUGGCCUGACCGCCAACGAUCCCAUGAGCUUAGAGGUAGUACCUGAGUACUCCAUCCCAGACCUCAUGGACCUCGGGGACAGCUGGGUUUUUGCAAUCACCCGCAACCACAACAAGAUCACAGAGGAGCCCGAAGUCCAGGAGGGAGGACUGAGGCUUGGACGAGGGGAGGCUGAAGAAGGACACAUCAACACGGCUCCAAAGACUUUCUUUACUGACUCUCACUUGCACAUUGAAAAUAUACGUAUCCCCAGAGACAAAUUGGUCGGAAGGAGCCGACCCGGACGCUUCAGUCACAUUUUGGACGACCUGUACAAGACCAACGUGCUGCCUCCCACAGCCAGACGCAGCAGGAUAGGUGUCCUGUAUGUGCCUAAGGGGAAGGACGUGGCAGACAUGCACAUUGUCAUCAACGGGGAGGACAUGGGAGCUUCUGCAAAGGGCAUCUCCACCAUCCAGCCUCUCUAUGCUGUGCUGGACGUCUUUGCCGCCACCAAGUGUGUUCGAAUCGUCCAGGUGGAGUAUGGAUUCUCAUCCCUGCAGACGUUGUGUAGGAAAGCCAUCCAGAAGCACAUUGUCCACAGGAUGGCCAUUGACUGGCUGGAGCUGCCUGAGGCGCUCAAGCACUACUGCAAGUAUGAGUGAAGGACGAAGACCUGGAAAUGGACAGAAAUAUUAUUUCCUCUCCACUCAGUUUCUACAAAUAAAAUGCAAUAUUUUUU